UGUAAUAGUCAUGGUGACAGAGUUUAAAACAUUCCCAAGAAAAAUUAUUUCUUGAGAUGGUAUAAGGCAUGAUUUCUCAGGGUGCACACAAAACCCUAACUCGGUUACCAGUUUUACUGUUUCAAGCACAGUAGUCAAGCAUUCCUGGUAAGUGUCCCCUUGGUUGUAAUUGUCAUCAAUAUAACCAGCAAGGAGAUGACCUUGCAAUCUAAGCGAAGAGUGAAUUGGCUUAAUAAGCUUUGUAAAUUUCCUAGGACAGAAACAUAGCCCAUUAGGAAAGCAGGUAAACUUGUAGUAGGUUCCUUUCCAGUGGAAUUUGAGAAAUUUCUGAUGUUUUUCAGACACAGGUACUGAAUAAUAUGCAUCUUUGAGGUCGAUGGUGGCCAUAAAGCAAUUUGGUCUCAUAAGUUUGACUACUGACAAAAGUGUGUCCAUUUUAAAAUGCUGAUAAGUGAUAUUUUUUAUUCAAAGCUUUGAGAUUCAAAAUUAGGCGGUAUGAGCCAUCUUUCUUUGCCUUGAGGAAUAUGGGCGAAAGAAAAUCACCUUUUUCACGUUCAACUUUUUUAAUUACCCCUUUGCUUAGGAGUUUACUGAGCUCAGUCUCAAUGAUUUGUACCUCAGGGUCUGAGAAUGUUUGUAUGGCCGGUGGCCUAGAUUGGACUGGUACAUGCUCAAAAUCAAUAGUUGUACCUGUUACCAUGUCAAUAAUUUCUUUAUCAGAUGUAAGAGAUUUCCAUCUGUUAAGGAAACUAGAAAGAUUACCUGCUUUCAAGGUCCUAACAUUUUGCUCUAGACCUGUCAUAAUAUGUGGUAAAAGACUAUCAAAUUUACUUACAUUAUCAAUUACUGUUUGUAGUGUUUCGGUGAGGAUCACUUCAUGUCCUCCCUUUUGUGCUGUGGUGUCCACACUUUCUUUUUGAAUGGCUGGUAGCCUUUGCGCUGGCCUAAAAAAGGCUUGCUUCCAUGCCCAUAACCUUGACUGGCUUGAGGCUUGUAAUUUCCACCUCUAGAGUAGGUCGGUUUGUGUUUGUAAUCCGACCCUUGCUUUACAGUUGAACUGGCAAUCUUGUUGCACUCUGUAAUAGUUUUUAAACUAUUUUGUACAUCAUCCCCAAACAGGAACUCUGUAACAGGGAUUUGUGGACUGCAAAGAGCACGAAGCUCUCGAUUUAUUGACGGCCUCAUGAUGUCUCGCCGUCGCAACGAUAGGUCAUAAGUUGCGUGUCCCAGCAGAGCAAGUGAGUCAGUCAAAGAGGUUAUAAUUUGCUGUUUCCCGUCGAUGUUCCCCUUGACUUUUGUAAUUCUUUCUGUUGCCUCGGUGAGUGCAACAGUUGCUUUCACUAUGGUCUGCUGGACAUUUGCGAUUCUCAAGUCCUGUGUUUUGACCGGUGGUCCAAGUUUCCCCCACAGUUCGGGGUUCACGAGAGGAACUUUGAGUUUAUCACAAUUUCCGGGUCGGAUAUACAGCUCGCAUUUCUCUUUGAGCUUUGCUUCUUUGAGCUUCCCAGCAAACCUUUUGUUGACUAGGUUUGCUAGAUGAACGUUUACGUCCGGACCUGUUUUGUCCUCGCUGUUGUAUUCUUCUUCAAUCUCUUGCAAGAGUUUAUCGCUCUCGUCGCCAUCUUGUUCGUCCUCCUUGUCGAGCAAGGCUGUGACGUCUCGAUCAGAAUCGUCAGAUGCAUCGUCGCAAACUGAUGAAGAUUUUCGCUUCUUUUGACGAGAUAGCCCCGGUGGGGUUUCUGCGUCAUUUUUUGACUCUUUAGUCACUGUGUGCGGUAUUUUCCGCUUUAGUGGAGCAUCGGUGAUGCGUGUAUUUGGCGUUCCCGCCAAAAGAUCGAGUUUCUUUCCAAGGCCCUUGAUGGCCUCCCACAUCCUAGUGGAAUCAUUAUUUGUGUCACCGGUGGUGACAUAAUCUUGUGUUUGUUCGCCCUCUUCGGCGAGCAACCUUUCCUCGUCUUCGUCCGAAAAAUUGGAUUUUCCUUGUGCUUCGUUCACCUUGUCGUCCGCCAUGAUCGAAAGCUUACGGCACAUGAUAUAGCUUGCUCGCGCAAUCUCACGUGAUUCCUAUGUGACGUAGACUAUGAUGAGGUAGAAUUUCGCUCAGACCUAGGAUUUAAUCAGUCAAUUCGUACUGAGUCACUUUUUAUUGAAAUUCCCAAACCCCAUGGGAAGAAUAUAAUCGUUGGUAUCGUAUACAGACCCCCUGAUGUCAGUAUUGAUGAAUUCAUGAGUUUAACUAUUCUGCGGGUUGCGGGCUGCGGGCCGAAAAAUGCGGGCUGCGGGCCAAAAAAUGCGGGCUGCGGGCCAAAAAAUGCGGGCUGCGGGCCAAAAAAUGCGGGCUAUUCUAUGUCUAAUGUUAUUCGUAAUCAUAUGCAUACGAAUUUUUUCUUAAAUUCAUUCUUUUUGUAAUAUAAUGGAAUCUCAGUUUAUUAGUCGUACCAGACAUUAAAACCUGUUUCGACCGGGAUAACUGUACACCAAUCCUAAUAGUAGCACUAUUUUCCAUCCAGCAAACUGACCUGACGUCAUUUUCGGAAGAGAGGAGAGGUGUUAAACCUGUUUUCCACUUCGACCGUAUCAUAGCAUUUUCUUUUGUGUUACCAAAUCAUUAGUUCCACUCUAGCGCUCCGGAAACAAAGAAAUACGCUACGUUUCGGUACACGGCAAAAAACGCCGAGCCCGCUGCUCAACAGGAUUGAACAAUGUUUUGCGGCCCACAUUGUUCACACUUGUCAACAAUAUUGAACACUAUUGUUGAGCCUGAAUAUUGUUCAAUAUUGUUGACAGCUAUGAACAAUGUGGGCAGCAAAACAUUGUUCAAUCCCGUUUUCAUCAGUAUUGCAUCAACCUGAGCGUUUUUACUCGUGUACGAUACGGUUGAACUGGAAAGCGGCCUUUAAAUGGCUAUGUAACUGACACAAACCCUACACCUAGUCCCUACUCUAACCCCUAACCCUAACCCCAACCCUAACUCUAACCCUAAUCGAAUUAAUAAAAAAAUGCAAAAAAACGACUUUAGAAAAUCGAUAGGGCGGUUUGCUGGAUGGAAAAAAGUGCUAACCGCCAAAAUCAUUGGAAAAUCAUAGGAAAAACCAAGAAAUUGGGCUUCUGUAUGACCCUUUCUGUGCCCUGGUUAUAAUGCGCUACCGCUUAUAACUUUUGGUACAACUGGCCUGAAACUUAAAAUAUUGAUUCAAUAAGUUUAAUAUCAAUAUAUUUAUUGAAAAAUAGCUAUUAUGUCAAAAUAAGAAAACUUAAGAUUCUCACGCGAAUAGGCAAUGUUUUUAUGAGCGACAGUUCAUCGUCAGUUGCAAACGACGGUAAUAUAAACAAGGCCAGGUUUUAUCGAAAGCGAUUGACUGUUAGAUUUCCUUUUAUACUAUUUUAUAACUAAAUAAUGUUAUUUCCUACAAAUUUAGCUUUAUUGUAGCUUUGUCGAAAGUAUAAAAAAAAAACAUGGAAACGGCGAAUUACUAUAGAUUGAAAAUAAUUAUUAAACUAUGAUUGAAAUUAUCGACGUAGAAUACUAUUUCGUUGUAUUAAAUUUCAAUAGUAUAAUGAGAAUUUUGUUUGAUAUUUUAAUAUAUUUCAUGUUAUUUACAAAAUGUACUGUAGUUUUGAAGUUUUGCACACAAUAUAGUAUAUAUUGAGCAUAUAUAAAAAAUUGAGUAUUUUGAUAGCGUAGCCAGGCUUCACGAUAUAAAUAUUAAAAACGACUGAUAAAUAAUCAUUCAUUUUAUGAUUAAUAUUUUAUUGCGAGCACAACUGAUCCAGAAUCACAACAAAUAACAGAAUAUAAGGAAAAUUAAAACCAGCAAAGCUUUAUCUACCUUGAUCUAUUUUUAAAAGCCCUCAAUUAUGUAAAUUUUCCGCGAACACUCAAACAUUUUUCUUUGCCUUUCCUCGAGCAUGAGUGAUGAAAUGCUCGUCGGAAAACUCAGUAUUUGUCGUAUUUUACGAAUUUGCCACGUGACCGGUACGCUCACUAAUGAAAGUUGCAUGCCAUUUAUGGCAUGCAACAAAAAAUUAGUUAGGUCAGCAAUUUGGCCCGCGGCCCGCAAUUGUUUUGACCAGCAGCCCGCAAAAACUGACCCGCAGCCCGCGGCCCGCAAAAUAGCUAGACCCUGAAUUCAUCAUCAAUACGGAAUAUUUGAUUAGUGAAAUUUCCAAAACAAACAAGCCAUGUUAUAUUUUAGGGACUGGAAUAUUAAUUUAAUGAACCACUUAAAUCAUGAAUUAACUAGUAAGUUCCUAGAUAUAAUGUACACUAAUAUGUUUUUGCCCUUAAUAACACAUCCUACUAGAAUUACUUCACAUUCGGCAACCCUAAUUGAUAAUAUUUUUACUAAUAAUCUUGACAACCACGCUCUAAGCGGUCUAUUGUUUACUGAUAUAUCUGACCACUUACCCAUUUUUAGUAUCUUCUCUGAACAGCAAGAUAGGUGCAAAUGUGCAAUGUCAACUCAUAUUUUGUAGUUCGUGAUAAGAAGCAAUUAAAUGUGAUCAAUUUUCUCGAUCAAUUACGUAAUACUAAUUGGGAGAAUCUCGAUGAAUAUAACAAUCCGGCAAAUGCCUACGGAUCAUUUCUCCAUAAAUAUACAGCCUUAUUUAAUGAAUGUUUCCCUCUUAAACACAUCAAAGCAUCUAAACAUUGUUUAACAAAACCUUGGAUUUCCAAAUGCUUACUUAAAUCUAUUAGGAAAAAGAACAGACUUUACCGAAAAUUUCUGAAGUUUCCCACCUCACAAAACGAAAUAAAUUACAAACAAUAUAGAAAUAAGUUGAGUUCUCUGUUACGUUCAGCAAAACGCCUUCAUUAUGAAGAAAAAUUGAACUUAGCGAAAACAAAUGUUAAGAAAACUUGGCAAGUUUUAAACGAGAUAUUACAAAGGAGAGGGAACAAAGUGAAUAAACUACCGUCUAACUUUUUUACUAAUAAUAGAAAUAUUUCUGACCCGAUGGAAAUAGCUAAUCAAUUUUGUAAUUAUUUUUCUAAUAUUGGCUUAAAUUUAGGGAAAAAUAUUCCUGUAUCCCAAUAUACUCACCACUCUUAUCUUAACGGUAAUUUUAUCAAUUCUAUUUUUUUGCAACCAGUCUCGGAAUUGGAGCUAAACGAAAUUUUUAAAUCAUUCCGUCCUAAAACCGCGGUUGGCUGCGACAAAAUCCCAAUGUGGGCCGUUAAGGUUUCAUUUGAAUUUAUUUGCAAACCUUUAACUCAUAUUGUAAAUUUGUCAAUUGAAACCGGCAUAGUUCCCGACCAGAUGAAAAUCGCUAAAGUUGUCCCCAUUUAUAAAUCUGAACCAAACAAUCUAUUCUCCAAUUAUCGACCUAUAUCGGUUUUGCCAAUAUUUUCCAAAUUACUAGAAAGGACUGUGUGUAACCGCAUUAUGGAUUUCAUAAACAAAAAUGAGGUUCUGUUCAAUAACCAGUAUGGCUUUAGAAAAAACCAUUCGACAGCUUUAGCACUUCUGCAUCUGGUUGACAGUAUAACCUCUUCUAUUGAUCAGAAGAAAUUCACUGUUGGUAUUUUUAUCGACCUUUCAAAGGCAUUCGACACUGUAAAUCACAAGAUACUGCUCGAAAAAUUGCAGCAUUAUGGUAUCCGUGGUUUAGCACUUGAAUGGAUAAGAAAUUAUCUUAGUGAUAGAUACCAAUUUGUUGAAUACAAUGGUAUUCAAUCAUCUUCUAAUGAAAUUAAAUGUGGUGUUCCCCAAGGAUCAAUUCUUGGUCCACUUUUCUUCUUGUUGUAUAUAAAUGAUAUUUGCAAUGUCUCCACUAUUCUUAAUUUUAUCCUAUUUGCUGACGAUACUAAUCUAUUUCUUUCUCACAAUGAUCUUUCGUUUAUAAUGAAUACAAUUAAUAGUGAAUUGCUCAAGCUGUCCGAGUGGUUUAAAGCCAAUAAACUUUCAAUUAAUAUUCAAAAAUCUAGUUUUAUGAUUUUCAAAACUAGGCAAAAGAGAUAUUAUACCUGAGUUUAGUAUAGAAAUUAAUAAUACUAAAAUCAAACGGGUUAAUGAGGUUGUUUUCGUCGGAGUUGUUCUCGAUGAAAAUUUAUCUUGGAUAUCUCACGUAAAAUUUCCAAAUCAAUUGAAAUAAUUUACAAAUCGAGUUUUUCCUCUCUUAAUCUUGUUUAAGAACUUUGUACUUUUCAUUAAUCUAUCCGUACUUGCAUUAUUGUAUUUUGGUAUGGGGUUCAACUUAUCAGUCUAACCUGGAACGCAUCGUAUUGCUUCAAAAACGUGUAAUCAGAAUAAUUAAUAAGAAGGAAUAUGAUGCUCAUACUUCUCCUCUAUUUAAAGAGAGUGUGAUUCUCAAACUGAAUGAUAUUUAUCUAUUCUGCUUGGGAAAAUUUAUGUAUCUUGCUUCUAGAAAUUCUCUUCCUCCUAGAUUUAAGAAUUUCUUUUGGUAAAUAGCGAGGUACAUACCUACAAUACCAGAAGUUCGAACCUAAUUAGUAUACCAUUUUGUAGAACAAAAUUGCGACAAUUUUCUGUCUACUAUCAAGGUCCAGUAUUUUUUACUCCUUGGACCAGAAUUUACGGAACGCCAUGUCUGUGUAUUCAUUCCAAUCGAAUCUUAAAAAGCAUUUAACUUUCGAUAAUUUGUCCGAUGAUUUUUAGUAACUAAAUAGUAUCUAAUUUACAUCUAGGUGUGUGGAUCUAAGUAUCUUCGUUUUGAUAUUAUGUGUGUGUCCUUGUAUUAUAUUAGUUUCCUUAUUAUAUGUCUGCUCACUAUUCUACCUCAUAUAUAUUUAGAUAUAACUUAUUCUUUAAUAUUUGACAUGAGGUAGUCUAGCAAUUAAUAAGCCUUGGCUUCUAGUUGGACUACCUCGUCACAAUUUUUUCAUUUCUUGUCUCUUCUAUCUUAUUACUUUUCUAAAUUGUUGUAUCAACCAAUUGUGACAAAUUAAUAAAUUCAAUUCAAUUCAACACAUUUGUAAAUAAUCUACUUAUUAUAUCUUAUGCCCACUGAUCGUUUUAAACAACUUUUAAUGACUUUUAAAAUUUGGUUAUACGGUAUAUACUAACUGUAACGUUAACACAUUUGUGAAUAAUCUAAUUAUAUCUUAUAUGUACUGUAAAGUUGCAGGUUUGCUGCAACUCCAAUAUUUAUGAUAUAUUUUAAUAAAGACGUACGAAUAAAGGAAUGAAUGUCCCAUGUGUUCUAGUGGUUAGGAUCUGGCGUUUUCACCGCCAUGGCCUGGCCGGGUUCGAUUCCCGGCAUGGGAAUGCUUUUUAGAAUAUUCGACGACUUUUGUUUCGACGACUGCAUAGUAGAUAUUCAAGGGCAAAAUCUGUUUAACGAUGGCCUUGUGGCGCAACUGGUAGCGCGCCUGACUCCAGAUCAGAAGGUUAAGUGUUCAAAUCACUUCAAGGUCAUGACGAAUACCGAGGAAUUUUGUUGAAAAUGUUCGAUAUCAGAUUAGAAAAGCCUUUUACAUUUAGUGCUGGUUGCAAUGUUGGUCGAUCGAAUUCCCAUGUGGUCUAGUGGUUAGGAUCUGGCGCUCUCAUCGCCAUGGCCCGGGUUCAAUUCCCGGCAUGGGAAAAUUCAAAUUCCGUGCUUCCAUUUUAAGAAUUGUGGCCUCGUGCUGUUGACGUUUUGCUACGUCCAUCAUUUUAAUUUGCGGUGCCGGAAACAAUGCAGCUAAAAAAGAUCACAAUGAGUAAUUACUGACGAAGUGUGUACCAGUUCUCAAAAUAACUUGGUGUUGUUUAAAUCCACAGCGAAAUAGUAAAAUUGCGAAGAAAUGACUUUGCAGUAUAUCGCGUUGGUGGUUCAGUGGUAGAAUUCCCGCCUGCCACGCGGAAGACCGGGGUUCCAUUCCCCGCCAACGCAGAGUAUUUUACGUCUCGCAUGAUCUUAUCAAUUUAGUUAAAAAUUGCCAUCAUCAUCCACAUGGACAGAAAUUGGAGUCCCUCCAACACAUGUCUAAAGAAGAACGCGAUCAUCAAUUUAUGUCGGCCAAAAGUUUACACAGAACGUUUUAAACAAUCAUUUUUAAAUAAGUGUCUUUUUAAUGACUUUUAGAAUUUUGUUAUACGGUAUAUAUUAACUAUAACGUUAACACAUUUGUAAAUAAUCUAAUUAUUAUAUCUUAUGUCCACUGUCGUUUUAAACAACUUUUAAUGACUUUAAAAAUUUGGUUAUACGGUAUAUACUAACUGUAACGUUAACACAUUUUUAAAUAAUCUAAUUAUAUCUUAUAUGUACUGUAAAGUUGCAGGUUUGUUGCAACUCGAAUAUUUAUGAUAUAUUUUAAUAAAGAAGUACGAAUGAAUGAAUGAAUGUCCCAUGUGGUCUAGUGGUUAGGAUCUGACGUUUUCACCGCCAUGGCCCGGGUUUGAUUCCCGGCAUGGGAAUAAUUUUUAGAAUAUUCGACGACUUUUGUUUCGACGACUGCAUUGUGGAUAUUCAAGUGCAAAAUCUGUUUAACGAUGGCCUUGUGGCGCAACUGGUAGCGCGUCUGACUCCAGAUCAGAAGGUUAAGUGUUCUGCCCACGUUUACUGCGAUGAAAAAUAUGCUCCUGUCACGUGACCAAAUUUGCAUUUUUUCGGACAACUUUCGCACUCCGCUAUUCAAAGGGUAUACACGUGCGCGAUAUAAACAAGCGAAAAUAUCGCAAAAUAAGGACGAUUUGAAAGGUUUUUUUUGUACUUGUGGGUAUAUUUUAACUCCUGUAAGUGUAAUAUGUAGCGAAGAGAAAAAUUUCCCGUUGUGUGGGUACGAAAAUAUAGGGAUAUAUUUCGCUCGACGGCCUCGAUUAUACUAUCCAUGAUUAUACUAUAAGCGAUUCACAAAUUAUGGUAAAGAGAUGUGCUUGGGGAAUAUGCAAAAGCGAUUCGAGGUAACCAGCACGCUUAAAAAAGGACAAUGGGACUUCAGUAUCUUUCCACAGUUUCCCAAGUGAGAAGAAAUCUAAGGAAAGAAGGCAAAUUUGGAUAAAUGCAUGUUGUCGAGGCGACAAGUUCGUCUGUCGGGAAGAUAGUUAUGCGGUUUUCAUUUUAUUGACGAAAAUGGACCCACAGCGGAUUAUCCUGAUCCGAUACCAGCUACAGCUGAUGGGAAUAAAGUAAGUUAUAUUUUAUAAUCAAUAUAUUUGCGCUUUUCUACUAAUGACCUGGCAUGGACCAGAUGUUACACUCUCGCGAUUACCGAUUAUGCAGUACAUCCUCCAGCGAAUACAAACAGGCUGCGAUGUGCUUGCAGCCUCUAUAAUCUUCGAAUGAUUUAUAUGAGGCAAGUCCCUGUUUAUCAUACUCAGCUGAGCUGUAUAUUAAACAGUUAAAAAUAUACAAACCGAAGGGUGGCGAAUCUAGUAUAAAGUCGUUCACGACUGGAUAUGACAAUAGCGAGCUUAAGCAUGUAGGACGGCAACACGACGACGACGGCCAAAACAAAUUCCUUCAAAUAAAUGAUAAUAAAGAAAACUUGUCGUAUAUUAUAAUUCGUAUGAAUGUAAUACAGUAUAAGAAGCUUCCAAAAACAUAAAUGUUUGGGAAGAGUUCUACUGACCGAAUUUUAAGUUGCACUUGUUACGGCUUGCAAUGCAGGCGUUGUAUAAAAGACGUGAAAAUCUGUGAUUUGCCGUUGUAAACAGAACGACGACCACAUCUGAAACUCCCCUGGGACUUUAAUUAUUUAUUUCUUUUCAUUGACUCAUUGUAUUGGUUGCCGUCGUCGUCGUGUUGCCGUCCUACAUGCUUAAGCUUCCUAAUGGCUGAUGUAUGACCAUACCAUGAAUAAUAAAUGUUUCUCUUGCGUUCUUGCGAUCCGAAUUUCCAUAUUCAUGGUUUGGGUCAAUCGGCAACAUCAUUUUCUCCACUGCUUGAGCAAUUUGAAGUAAAGCAGGUUUUAAAUAGCCGUUUGCCAUUUCGACACGCAUUUUCAAAUACUCCUUUAGUUCGGCAACAGUCAUGUCCGAAACACGCUUAUUCUCCUUACCAUUUUUCACUUCGCUAUAUUACACUUACAGGAGUUAAAAUAUACCCACAAAUACAAAAAAACUUCCAAAUCGUCCUUAUUUUGCGAUAUUUUCGCUUGUUUAUAUCGCGCACGUGUAUACACUUGGAAUACCGAGUUGCGAAAGUUGUCCGAAAAAAUGAAAAUUUGGUCACGUGACAGCAGCAUAUUUUUCAUCGCAGUAAACGUGGAUUGGAGUCCCUCCAACACACGUCUAAAGAAGAACGCGAUCAUCAAUUUAUGUCGGCCAAAAGUUUACACAGAACGUUUUAAACAAUCAUUUUUAAAUAAGUGUCUUUUUAAUGACUUUUAGAAUUUUGUUAUACGGUAUAUAUUAACUAUAACGUUUACACAUUUGUAAAUAAUCUAAUUAUUAUAUCUUAUGUCCACUGAUCGUUUUAAACAACUUUUAAUUACUUUUAAAAUUUGGUUAUACGGUAUAUACUAACUGUAACGUUAACACAUUUGUAAAUAAUCUAAUUAUAUCUUAUAUGUACUGUAAAGUUGCAGGUUUGUUGCAACUCCAAUAUUUAUGAUAUAUUUUAAUAAAGACGUACGAAUAAAGGAAUGAAUGUCCCAUGUGGUCUAGUGGUUAGGAUUUGGCGUUUUCACCGCCAUGGCCCGGGUUCGAUUCCCGACAUGGGAAUGCUUUUUAGAAUAUUCGACGACUUUUGUUUCGACGACUGCAUCGUGGAUAUUCAACUGCAAAAUCUUUUUAACGAUGGCCUUGUGGCGCAACUGGUAGCGCGUCUGACUCCAGAUCAUGGCGAAUGGUCGUGACGAAUACCGAGGAAUUUUGUUGAAAAUGUUCGAUAUCAGAUUAGAAAAGCCUUUUGCAUUUAGUGCUGGUUGCAAUGUUGGUCGAUCGAAUUCCCAUGUGAUCUAGUGGUUAGGAUCUGGCGCCCUCACGGCCAUGACUCGGGUUCAAUCCACGGCAUGGGAAAAUUCAAAUGCUUUACAGGGAAUGCCUUUUAUUCCGUGCUUCCAUUCUAAGAAUUGCGCCCUCGUGCUGUUCACGUUUUGCUACGUCCAUCAUUUUAAUUUUGGGUGCCCCAAACAACGUAGCUAAAUAAGAUCACAAUGAGUAAUUACUGAUGACUUGGAGUGUUCCAGUUUUCAAAAUAACUUGGUGUCCACAGCGAAAUAGUAAAAUUGCGAAGAAAUGACUUUGCAGUAUGUCGCGUUGGUGGUUCAGUGGUAGAAUUCUCGCCUACCACGCGGGAGACCGCGGUUCGAUUCCCCGCCAACGCAGAGUAUUUUACUUCUCACAUGAUCGUUUAAUGAAUUUAGUUUACUUACCUGUAAAUUUUUAUAUUUUUUUAAAUUUUUUUUUUAUAAUUUACUUAAAACUGAUUUUGUAACCAUUAGGUUAAAUUACAUCAGAAAUUUACAUAAUUUGUAUCUACUGUUAGAAAAGUAUUAAGUUGUCGUUAUGUUACAUUAUUAAGAAUAUUUAGUGUUCUCACACAUCAUUAGAUAUUCAUAGCAUUUCGGCCAAUGACAUGGUGUAAUUUACAUCACGUAUAUCUAUUUCGAUACCCCGUCUAGACCAGGACUUUAAUUACUUCAAUUGGGAAGGGCUUUGAACAAUAGGGAAAUUGAGGAGUAAACAAAAGAUUAUGCAAAUAUAUGUAAUUGCUAUGUUUAGAAUUAUUUCUAAAUACAGUAAGCUGUAUUUAGAAAUAACUUCUAAAUACACAAAAGCAUUAAAUCACACUUCAAACAACAAAAUAUGUUGCUUUUUUAAUCACACUAACAAUAACACACAUACAAUUGACUUAGUAUUACUUAUUUCCGGCAAACGACAUGAUAAAGGAACAGUUAGUCAAUGUACUUUUCGACAAAACAAACUUUUCUGCGAUAGUACGUCGCUGCACCUCUUUAUCAAUUUUAGACCAGUCCACUUCUCUCAAAAACUUAUCAAGUUCCUCAUCGGAAAUUUGAAACUUUUCGUCUUCCUUAGGCUUCGAGGGUGUGUUAAAACAGUUGUCAACAAGCGACACAACCUUUGAUACAGAUGGGCCAACACACUUGAAUACAGCCAUUGCUUGAUCAUUACUAGGCUUCUCAUACGUAAAUAAGGCAGAAGAAACAUGCCCAGUUCGUUCACGUAUUAAUUUUUCUUGAUGGCCAGCACGAAAAAAAUUUGUUGCUGUUGUGACACGAAGGCAGUGUGCUGUCUUAAUCUCAAGGCCAGCUUCUUUCAUUAAAAAAGGCACGAUAGAAUUAAGCUUAUGAAUACCAAUUGGUGCAUUUUCGAAUUUAUACGCUGUUUUGCUCGGUCGAAAAAGUUGCUUAAUCUUAACUGUCUGUGUUCACAUGCAUGCUCUUAAUCCGAAUAUUUUCCGAUAUAGAAAUAAAUUGUGUCAACCAAACUUUGAGCAGUUUUGUCUCACAGCAAGCCUUUUGACCACAGCAAACCCUCUUCAUCAUCUGUAAUAGCUUCUUUCUCUCGUCUUGUACGAUUCACCGCAAGCGAUUCGCCUUCCCGGUGGGUGGCUUUCAUUUCACUAUCCAGCACUCUUCUGAACGUCUGGAAACUGAGUAAUACACAUGCUCACAUUACAAUAAAUUAAACUAAACCAUUAAUUAAAAAUGAACAAAUUCAACCUACCAGUGAUUGUUAGCAUUUAACAUGUUAGCUUCAGCCCGGCCAUUUUCGUCUAGAUGUCGUUUCAACGAGCAUAUAAUUUGGUAUACUGUACGCCCGGGAUAUAGCUUGCCAUCCUUGUCGCAAACUUCUUGAACAAAUUUGAUAAGCAAGAAGUUUAACGUUCUUGCCGUUAUUGAACACAAUUAUGUCUCCAAAUUUUGCAAAUUCUGCAAAUCUAAGCUGAAAGGAUUGCUCUCACACAUGACUGCUUUAUUUUCUCGCCCACUUUGCCAAUCUUCAAAUAUACGAAUUCCCCAACGAUUUUUAUAACGCGUUGUUUGUGGAAUAGCAUUUAGGACGUUGUCAAUGCUUCUUUCCACGCUUUGGGGAUCUCGAAAUCGCCUCUUUUUGCAACUAGAUGCCAUGCUUCCUUCGAAGGAGAACAAAUACUACAACAACAACGCCUUUAAUUCGUUCCUUCGUUACGCAUUCGCCUCAUUGAACAACUUAAUUCGCUAUUGUUACUGCCUCAUUGCUAUGAAUAUCUAAUGAUGUGUGAGAAGCAAUUUCAAAUCCUCGUUAGUGUUUUAAACUUGGCUUCCAAAUCCCCAGUGCCAUGAACAAUGGCUCGGCUGCGCCUCGCCAUUGUUCAUGGCACUUGUAUUUAGAAACCACGUCUAAAACACUAACUCGGAUUUGAAAUAUUACUUCUGCUACUACUACUACUACUAUGCAUGGGGAACAAAAUAGGAUGACGUUUAUGAUGCGUACUCUCAUAUUAUUUUUAAAGGUGGUCUUAUACAUUGUAUAAUAUGCACUUUCAUGCUAGCAUUAUACUUUUGUCGUAUCUGAGUUCCUGAGGGGUAAAUUGUUUGAUCAAAGUUGCCUAAUAUUGGAAUUGGCCCUUAUCAACCACCUUAGCAACCAAAUGCUGUGGUUAAAUUGAUUUAUUUAUUUAUUUAGCUUUGCCAACUAGGGCAGGGUCACCACAACAGCAUAUGGCAAUUACUGUGGGCCCUUUUUUACCUAACCCACCCUCUCAACUUUCCCUGUGGGAGGAAACCGGAGUACCCGGGGAAAACCCACGGCUUUCGGCAGAGCGUUGACUUUUACUCUUUUCACAUGGGGACUGGGUUCGAGUCGCACUGAGAAGGUACUUAGUGAGACUCGAACCUGCAGCCUCAGAGGUGAAAGGGAAGUGCGCUAACCACUUGGCCACCGAAGCCCCAUACCAUGGCUCGGUAUUUCAGACCAAAAUAGUCUACAUUUGUACUUGCUUACCCUUCCCAUAUUACUCUUGUAUAUUUGAAGCCAGUAUAACAUAUCUUAAAUGAAGUAACAACGUCUAUUUGUCUCGAUGUUUCGAAUGGAAAUGCCUAAGCAACGUUCUGGUUAUUCAAAGAAUCGUAAAUUUAGUGGAGAUCGGUUCACUGUAAACUCAGAAAUUUGAAAACGAGCGAAACAUCCAUCGCAAGUACGAGCGAUGAAAAUGUGUCUGAAUCAGGAUCAGACGACCAAGCCGCAAUUAACCACAUGUUAUGUAUGUCAGACAUGUCAGCUUCGGCUAGAGAAACUGGUUUACUUGAUAAAGCAAGUGCUCUUUCAAUUGACUGGUUAUCGAAUUACCGUAAGCCUCCGACUAUAAGCCCUGGGCUUAUAUACUUUCGUAAGCGAUUUUUGAUGGGCUUAUACCAAGGGGGCUUAUAUAUGGGGGGCUUAUACAUGGACAAUCUUUUGUGUUAGUAAUAAACAAGUCAGAUAUAAACAAGUCAGUCAUAAACAGGAAACUAAACAUGUAUUAAGCAGCGAUUAUGUAUCGAUCAAUUCGAAACUUCACCAUCCCCUCCGGGCAUACCCCGGGAAUUUGACUUCAAGUCUUCUCCAGGGAGUAGGGAAUUUGACGUUCAAGGUCUUCCAUGUGGUGGGGCAUUUGAUAACGGGGUGGGGAAUUUGAACCGGAAGUCUUAAAAUUUUGCCCGUUUUCUUGUGCUUCCUGCAUGCACAGAAAAUACUUCGCAUUGGCGGCAAAUACAGUUUUCUCAGAUUUCGAGGGAAACGGUCUCAAUUUUGUGAAAAACUGGCUCAAAGAAACGGGCAUGGAAAAUCUUCAUUUGAAGGUAUGUACUACAUAAUUGUGUAAAACUGUUAAAUUUCCACAAAGUAUCCAAAAUUUUUACGUGAAUUUCGCUAUCUUGUCGAAAAACAUUUCCGUAUAUUUUGUACUUUUUGUAUUUGCUGUUUCAUAAUUUUCAUAUGAAGGUGGGUCAUUUGAACGCUUAAUUUCUUGUUACAGUGGGGGCAUUUGAAGACAUUUUUUGCACAGGGGGUGGAGAAUUUGAUCAGUCAAAUUUCAAAAAGUUCAAAUUCCCGGGGUCGGCCCGGGGAGGGGAUGGUGAAGUUUCGAAUUGAUCGAUACAUUACUGGGCAUAUAUUAAUUCAGGAGACUUAUAUUCAGGGGGCGUAUAUACGGGGGGCUUAUAUUCGGGAGAGGGGGCUUAUAUUUGGAAUGAGGUGAGCGUUAGUACAUGUGGUGGGCUUAUACAUGGGGGCUUAUAUUCGGGGGGGGGCUUAUAUUCGGGGGGCCGGGGGGCUUAUAGUCGGAGGUUUACGGUAUUGAUGUUGAUAUUUUGGGGAAUAUCUUUAAAUACAUGCCAUGCAUUGCAAGGUAUGUUUGGAGUGUGGAGUGCCAGUGAGAAAUUGUUGAAAAUGAUACCAAGCGGAUGGGUUGUGCUUCGUGUCUUUUUCUUCACUGUAGCUUCUGUGGACACUCUGAAGAGUUCUAUACUUCAAAAAAUCUUGGUCAUUGUUUUGAAGUAAACAGGAGAAUGAUAUAUGGAAUGAGGUCUAUAAGUCUAUUGGCUGUGACUUAUAUAUUAUCUGGGUUGGAAAGAUUCUGCUCAAGAAUGGACAUACCGAACCCAUUAACCCGAGGUCUUAUUAUAGUUACCACACAAAAGCCAUCUUGCAUGCUACGAAAGAUGUAGCUGAAUCAACGAUGAAACAUGUUGGCAAACUCCACAAGUUGAAAAGUGAUAAGGUAGUGAGAAUGGAGUUGUUAAAACUGCUGUCGGCACCAGUUAUUGAGCCGGAAAGUGCAAAGCGUAUAUUUAAGCACUCGGUAAGUUCACAUAAACGUCAGUAUGAUGAACUGUCUGGUGAUGGAAACAGUACGAGCUUCUGUACAAUUAAAAACAUGCAGCUGGCUCAUUUUAAACUUUCCAGACGCCUAUUCUAGCCUUUAAAUUAGAUUUGUUUGUCGAGAACAUAUCUACAAAUAUUUUAAACUCAAUUUUCUCAAAUUGUCAACUCACGAGAUGGCAAAAACUCUCCUAGGCUUGCUACUUAUCCAAUCAAAGUCAAAUUUUCAGCAUUUACUCAUUACUACUAAAUCUGUGAUGUGAAUCUAAAAAAUACUAUGUGUGAGUUAUACUCACUACAAGAUAACCCUAUUAUUGAACUCCGCACCCCCAUAUUUUCAUACAUCUAUAAAGAAGCGUAAAAUUUAUACACUUUAUGCCUCUAGGUAAGUAUUUUUUUGGGUUCACAUAAUAGAUAGGUCUAUUUUGUAUCAAUUAAAGCUGCUUGGGAGAUCAAGGGUAGUUUACUUUGAAUUGCUAUAAUUUUUGGAGCAAACGCCAUAUCUUACCCUAUAGAGGUCCUAUCUUGGUUAUUAUGGCAACAACAUAUGUAUAGUAUAAGUGAAUGAUUUUGAGUCAGCCACCCAUAUUCUAUAAUAUUUGAGUAAAAAAUGAGGAAAAAGUAUUAAAUUAGGAAAAACGUUUUCAGUGUAUAAGACCACCUAAUUAAAUUAAUUAAUUAAAAGAAGCAUAAAUCUGUGACGUUCUAGGGAGGACGUGAAAAUUGUAUUUUCAGGUCGUGAAAUCGUCCAAGACGACGUCGCAAACCAGAAGCUGACAAUAGUUGGCGCCCAAUGACCACAUUCGCUUCAUCUUUGAGCUCGCGUCGUCUUUUCUAAAUCUGUCUAAUGAUGAUGUUGCGCUAGAGUAGUGUUUAAGCGCGAACAUGCAGAUCAAGCAAAAAGCAGAGGUAAUGAUGGGCGCUUUCCAUUUGAUGGAAAUUCCGCAAACCUUUCUUGAAAAAUCAAAUGGAACACGUUAAUAUCUGAAAUGCUGUUUCGAAAAUUUCGGGCAAUCUCUCGAGGUUGUCCACAAAUUAGAAAUUCCGGAAGCAUUCCAAAACCAAAAUGGCGGGUUCUCGACCAUUUCAGUGCCUCGAGUUUGGAUUUAUUUCGCCGAAUGCUGAAAGAAGAGAUUUGAGCGGCAGUGUCAAAUUCUUCAAAAUUAAAGGAACAGCAUUCCAGAAAUUAACGUGUUCCAUUUGAUUUUCAAGGAAGAUUUCCGAAAUUUCCGUCAAAAGAAAAGCGACCAACAAGCCUCCCAUUAUUUACAAGGCCUGUCACGCUGUAGCGUUCCAUUUUGCCACUGGACAUUCCGGAAACGCAAACUGGGUUUUUUGUUCAAAUGGAAGGCGCCCGAUAUCGUGCUGAGUGUUGUGUGGUACACUAUACCUUCCGCUUCCUUGUUGAUUUUGACAUGUAAUUCCAUAUCGUGUAAUUUAAUUUUAAACUAGAAAUACAUGCAUGCAAUAACCCCUCGCCUGUUUUCAAAAGAUGUAUACUCAGUGCCGUUGCUAGCACUUCGUCUCAGGGGGUGUGUGAGGUUAGAUAGAGGGGGGGUGGUUACCAAAAUGUUUCCAGAUGUACAAAAAAUUUUCAGGACAUAUAAUAAUUUUUCCGAAAAUACAGUUGUUUUCCAAAUUCACUUUCUCAUGUCCUGAGAAUUACCUGAAUUCCCCUAAAAAUCUUCUGCAAAUCUACUUAAAUUUACCUAAAAGUGCACUGGAAAUCUACCUGAAAUUCCUCAUGAGCAAUUAUCAGGGGUGUUGCACCCCCCCCCCCCCACCAGUGAGUUUCACGCAUUCACGCAAACACUCUCUGAUUUAUUGUUCGUGUAUUUCAUCUCCCAAAAUUUUGUGCAUCAUACUAUAGAGCAUUUUGCUGUUGUCAUGGUCUAGCGUGGUUCAAAUUUAUGAAUUUUUAUCAUAUAAAGUAUGGUGUUUUAUGUACUAUUUAAAACACGAGUAGGAGUGCAGCCGAGCGUUAUAUAUCUGAUAAAACACGACAACGAGUGUUUUGAAUAGCUUAAAAUACGACUACAAAAGACUACUAAUUAGGAUGAACCAUAGUAUAAUCAUGCUAAUUAAGAUGAACAAUUAUAUAAUGCCACAUGUGUUUUAUCAGAUAUAAAGUCACUCCACGUGACAUAUUAUGGCCGACAUGUUUGCCACAAGGUUUAUGAAUUAUUAAUGAGUAUUUUAAAGAGAUUUCGAGCACUGAUAAAAAUGAUAAUCUCACAUGUGAAAUUAUUCAUGAUAAUCUCACAUGUGAAAAUUAUCGCCUUUUCAAUUAUCGCUUUUCUGCAAAAAUUAUCGCUUUUCAAAGACUGUCCUUUAUAUAAUAAACAGAAAAAUACAUGGGUGGUUGGAAAUACCAGAUUUAUUUUUCGUGUUGAACAUGACAUCUCACUCGUUCGAUGCGCUCACUUGUUCGCUCCGCACUCAUGUUCAACACUCGGAAUAAAUCUGGUAUUUCGUGCACCCAUGUAUUAUUCUCUAUUUAAACUACAACUUGACUGGUUUAAAUUAUUAUCAAGUUAUCAGUGAUAGUAAAAGUUGCAGAUAGAAGUGUUUUGUUUUAUAUUAUUAUCAAGUUAUCAGUGAUCGCAAAACCUCCAAAUCCUUAAUUUCAAAUGUUAGAAUGUUAGGGCUUGUAAUCCAAGUGAGAAUAUAUACAUUUUAAGACCUAACCAGGAACGACUGCGAAAAAUGCAGCACAAGGUCCUCUGGUAGGAAUUGAACUUACGGCCCUGCGAUUCCGGUGCAGCGCUCUAACCAACUGAGCUACAGAGGCCAGCUGUUAAGCUUUAACCGUAAGUUCAUGUAUAUUUAGGUAAUCGGGUGUGCGGGUUGUGAUAAGGUGGACUUCAAUAAUUUGGAUUCUUGCACUUCACUUGUUGGAAUUAAUAUUAGAAUGUUAGGGUUUGUAAUCCAAGUGAGAAUAAUUAUAUACAUUUUAAGACCUAACCAGGAACGACUGCGAAAAAUGCAGCAUAAGGUCCUCUGGUAGGAAUUGAACCUACAGCCCUGCGAUUCCGGUGCAGCGCUCUAACCAACUGAGCUACAGAGGCCAGCUGUUGAGCUUUAACUGUAAGUUCAUGUAUAUUUAGGUAAUCGGGUGUGCGGGUUGUGAUAACUGAUAAGGUGGACUUCAAUAAUUUGGAUUCUUGCACUUCACUUGUUGGAAUUAAUAUUAGAAUGUUAGGGUUUGUAAUCCAAGUGAGAAUAUAUACAUUUUAAGACCUAACCAGAAACGACUGCAAAAAAUGCAGCACAAGGUCCUCUGGUAGGAAUUGAACCUACGGCCCUGCAAUUCCGGUGCAGCGCUCUAACCAACUGAGCUACAAAGGCCAGCUGUUGAGCUUUAACCGUAAGUUCAUGUAUAUUUAGGUAAUCGGGUGUGCGGGUUGUGAUAAGGUAGACUUCAAUAAUUUGGAUUCUUGCACUUCAAUUGUUGGAAUUAAUAUUAGAAUGUUAGGGUUUGUAAUCCAAGUGAGAAUAUAUACAUUUUAAGACCUAACCAGGAACGACUGCAAAAAAUGCAGCACAAGGUCCUCUGGUAGGAAUUGAACAUACGGCCCUGCAAUUCCGGUGCAGCGCUCUAACCAACUGAGCUACAGAGGCCAGCUGUUGAGCUUUAACUGUAAGUUCAUGUAUAUUUAGGUAAUCGGGUAUGCGGGUUGUGAUAAGGUGGACUUCAAUAAUUUGGAUUCUUGCACUUCACUUGUUGGAAUUAAUAUUAGAAUGUUAGGGUUUGUAAUCCAAGUGAGAAUAUAUAUACAUUUUACGACCUAACCAGGAACGACUGCGAAAAAUGCAGCACAAGGUCCUCUGGUAGGAAUUGAACCUACAGCCCUGCGAUUCCGGUGCAGCGCUCUAACCAACUGAGCUACAGAGGCCAGCUGUAGAGCUUUAACUGUAAGUUCAUGUAUAUUUAGGUAAUCGGGUGUGCGGGUUGUGAUAAGGUGGACUUCAAUAAUUUGGAUUCUUGCACUUCACUUGGUGGAAUUAAUAUUAGAAUGUUAGGGUUUGUAAUCCAAGGGAGAAUAUAUACAUUUUAAGACCUAACCAGGAACGACUGCGAAAAAUGCAGCACAAGGUCCUCUGGCAGGAAUUGAACCAACGGCCCUGCAAUUCCGGUGCAGCGCUCUAACCAACUGAGCUACAGAGGCUAGCUGUUGAGCUGUAACCGUAAGUUCAUGUAUAUAUAGGUAAUCGGGUGUGCGGGUUGUGAUAAGGUGGACUUCAAUGAUCUGGAUUCUUGCACUUCACUUGGUGGAAUUAAUAUUAGUAUGUUAGGGUUUGUAAUCCAAGUGAGAAUAUAUACAUUUUUUAAGACCUAACCAGGAACGACUGCGAAAAAUGCAGCACAAGGUCCUCUGGUAGGAAUUGAACCUACGGCCCUGCGAUUCCGGUGCAGCGCUCUAAUCAACUGAGCUACAGAAGCCAGCUGUUGAGCUUUAACCGUAAGUUCAUGUAUAUUUAGGUAAUCAGGUGUGCGGGUUGUGAUAAGGUGGACUUCAAUAAUUUGGAUUCUUGGACUUCACUUGUUGGAAUUAACAUUAGAAUGUUAGGGUUUGUAAUCCAAGUGAGAAUAUAUACAUUUGUAUAUUCUCACUUGGAUUACAAACUAUUCUCACUUGGAUUACAAAAUAUAUACACAAAAUAUAUACAUGUACUAUACAUUUGUAUAUUCUCACUUGGAUUACAAAAUAUUCUCACUUGGAUUACAAAAUAUAUACAUGAUUACAAACCCUAACAUUCUAAUAUUAAUUCCACAAGUGAAGUGCAAGAAUCCAAAUUAUUAAUUUCAAAUGCCCCACCGGGGCUAAGGUUCGAGUGGAAAUGCCCAACCUCCGGGAUGUGCUUUACAGGAAAAUGGCUGGGCGAGGGGGAUGGACACACUUGGAUUUGGCUGAUGCAUUAAAAGUCCUGUGCUUAUUCCAGACUGCUUGUCAAAUAUUUACUUGCUAGAAGUAGAAAUUUACUCUGACCACUGGAUGAAGAAGACAUUAAAUAAGUACUGGUCAAUAAACAGAAAUGUAUUUUAUUUCAUAGUAUUACAAUUUUAUUUUUAUACUAUAAAAAUAAAAUAUAAAUAUGCAGCAUAGAAUAUGCAAAUUCGAGGCAAAAUUAUUGUUGAAUCGGUUUAUUUAUAGGAUUUUAUAACAAAUAGCAACUAUAAAAGUUUGUACCUUGUCUUCAUCGAUCGCUUAAUUUAUUCUGUUAGCCAAUGCUUUUAAAUUUACAUAUUUUAGAAUCAGUUCCUUUCCCGGUAAAUGCAUUUCUAAAUGAAAUCGGAUCAACGUGAGUAGUGAGUGCUGAGCAGGCCCUUUUACUAUAAACAAAUUUUAGGAAUUGAUAACAACUUUGAAAAUUAUAUCGUUGCACAUUCGGUCACAGUCGGAAAAAUGUUCAUAGUAUGUUGUACCGUCGUUUGCAACUAACGAUGAACAGUUGCUCAUAAAAACAUUUGCGUGAUUAGAAUCUCCAAUGUUUGUCAAGAACAACAACACUUAAUUGUUGUUUCCCAUGUGUACAAUAAUAAGUAAAAAAACUUUGUGUGGUCUGAACGUGUUGGGCUAGAGACCUACUGGAAACCUUUACAGGCUUUUUAAUGAGAAUAGAGAAUGUUUUAUCUGCAACUGUUCACCUUUAGUUGCAACCGACGGUAUUUGACAGCAUAAAAUUGCCUGUGGCUGUGAUAACUGAUAUAAAUAAAAUACAGUCUGGUUAUACUGACUUGAGCGUGUCUUGACAAACUCUUUAUUGGAAAAUUGUGAAGAAACAGUCGAAUAUAGAGGGUCGAAUAUCAUACUUCAACUCGUAUAGCUACAGUAACAUUAGUAGAUUACUACAUAGCGUUGUGAAGACAAGCCUUUUCUUACCUUUCGCUUCACUCAGCAGUCUUUUCCAUGCUUCUCUACGCUUUCCCAGGCGAGCUUCUCUUUCCUCAGCAGUCUCCUCGAGCAAACGUUGUCGUCUUCGCUCCCUCCUUUUCGCUAGAAGUUCGGCUUUCUUGUUUCCUUGCCGCUCUUCAUUUGGCUCCAUAUCUUUUCAAUUGGUAUUUGAUACCAUAAUUGUUUUAUUAAACUUUUUUAUAGAACAAAUUGCUUUGAAAGCUGUCAAAGUUUUUUGCAAACGUACAAAAUACUGUAGUGUAAAAAGCAAAUUAUUUUCAUGGAGUAUCUGUCAGUUGAAGUCGUCAUUUGUCAUACAACAACAAAUUUUAAAUUUGACCAAUCAGUGUUCGCUAUCCAUGACAGUCCGCCAUAUUUUUGAGAUCAGUGAGGAUGACCACCCACCCUCAACACCGUUGGUCACCCACGCCCGCGAUAUUUGAUGAACUUUAGACUCCGCUAAUGCUUUCGUUUCCCCGGGUGUAAAUAGCCGGGGGGAAUUAGUACCCUCGCACGGCGCUUCGCGCCGCCGGCUCGGGGAUUAGUAAGAGUGAAACGUAAAAGUUUGAUCAUGUCGUCAAUUGAUAGUUUGGUUCUGUGAUGUAAGAUUUUGACUUUCUCGAGUUUGUUGCGUAUGUGUUCACAUGCCUUGUCCACAGGUAUUGCUGUAAAAAUUAAUACAACGUCAAAAGACAUUAUGAUUUCGUCAUCCUCAAUGUGUGUUUCAGUGAUUUUUUUGGCAAAGUGAGUGGAGUUGUUAACAGAGUCGAAAGCUCGUCCAAAUAAAUAUUUUUAAUCAGCGAACGUUUGAAACUCUUUAGAUAUAUGUAUUUUACAAGUUUUGAACGUACUUUUUCGAGCCCUGAAAGCGGCGAGUAUAUGUCAAACCAUUCAAAAAUAUAUCUUUAUUCGAUAACUGAUCUGUUUGAAACAACUGAAAAAUUAAGAAUAGUAAAGAAUAUUAAAAAUAAUAAAGAUGCGUGCUCAAUUUUGGCGUGCAAGCUGCAACUUUCAUCUCAUGCAGCAAUGCAGCCAGUGUCAGUCUCAACUGGGAUUGCCUUUUUAAAUAUUUACAUUUCGCUUGAUGAUGUAUGCCUAAUUGAUUAGUAUGCCUAAUUGAUUCACCGAACUAAUUAGGUGCACAAUUUGCAUCGGAUGUUUUCAUCUUAGGUUACUUAAAUCCAAUACGAACUCCUACGUUUGUUACAACAAUUUUCACCUUUUCGGAAACCCUUUUGACAUAUAGGAAACAGGUUGAACAACGUGUUUCAAUUUCAGCGUUCCGAUUUACUUUGCUGCAUGCCCAUGAAUCAAUCUAUUCUUCCUACCACUUUAAUUCCUGCGCUUUCUAAAUAUUAUAUCAGUCUCUUCGUCCUGCACACCCACAUUAGAUGAAAUAGUUUUAUGAUUUUCAAAUAAUUAAGACAACCCAAACUCUUAUAUUUGAAAUGUUUUUAAAGAGAAAUUUCUAAGAUUGACUAAGAAAAUUGAAAUAAAACCUAUUGAAUAACAUAGUGAACUGAAUGGCGCCUAAAAUUAUGGGUUUUAUAAUAUUUUCUCCUGAGGAGUUAGUAUCUGCAAUAAAGACACGAAUGGGGCUUUCCUUAAAGAGACUAACACGGGCUUUAAGACAUUCCUAAAUCGGUCUAUCAGACACAGGAGUGCGAAUGUUACUGGACACUAAAAUGUACGUUCUUGUAUGCACCCUUGAUCAGAUGUUCACAAUUUAUAGUUUUCCAAAGUGUUCCUAUAAUUAAGCAUACUAUUUUCUUUCUCUUCCAGAUCAUCGGCUAUACAUCGUUAUUAUUUAUUAUCUUAUCUGUUUUCAUCGUUUGUUUGGAAUCGUUGGAGUAUUUUGAGCCAGACGACAGAUAUAUCGCACUCGUCAUUAUUGAGGGGAUCUGCGUGGCUUGGUUUACUGUGGAACUCGCAAUUCGUCUUAUUUUCUGUCCAGAGAAAAAAGCUUUCUUUAAAAACAUUAUGAACUGGAUUGAUUUCCUCGCAAUUGUCCCAUUCUUCAUUAAUGUUGCCAACAGCAGUUCGAACACAAGUAGAGACUCAUCUAACGGUAACGCUGAGCACGAAAUCCUAUUGAUUAUUCGGUUGAUUCGAAUAUUUCGAAUCUUUAAAUUGUCAAGACAUUCGACUGAUCUACAAAUUUUGGGCCAUACUUUGAAAGCCAGUAUAAGAGAGCUUGUUCUACUUGUGUUCUUCCUAUUAAUAGGGGUGGUGAUAUUUUCAAGCUUGAUUUACUAUUGUGAAAAGGAUGCGCCCAAUACAAAAUUUACAAGUAUCCCGGCAGCAGCUUGGUGGGCUAUCGUUACCAUGACAACCGUAGGAUACGGCGACAUGGCCCCUGUUACAAUCCCCGGAAAGAUAGUGGGCUCGUUUUGUGCGGUCAGUGGUGUACUCAUGAUCGCCCUACCGGUACCGGUGAUAGUUAAUAAUUUUUCACUGUAUUAUUCCCACGCCCAAGCGAGGCUGAAAUUGCCCAAGAAAAGAAGAAGGGUAUUGGUAAAUGCAGACAAUGCCCUAAAAACUGACUUGAUUUUCAGUGAGCGUGACAGCAUUGCCCUGGGCAACCGAAGUUCAAGCAUUAAACCAGAUGUAGCUGAUAAGCAGCAUUGCAGUAUUUCCAUUACUGAUGAAACAAAUAGCUCAUUGCCUAGAAGAUUUAGUCGUAGAGAAAGUCAUCUCUUUGGUGCAAAUUCGGACACUCCAUCAACAUCUAACCAUCCUCCUGGUCUGACUAUUUCAAAGAGAAGAUCAUUAAUGCCUAGGGUUCCAGUUCUUCCUGAAGUAGAGUAA